AUGGCGCCUUCAUGUUUUGAUCUGAGCAGCUUGAACAUCUAUCACCCAAUUACUGAUCCCCAAAACGAAAUGGAUUCCUCGUCAGGAAGAAUUUUGACGUCUUUUAGGGGGGAAACCUCUGAUCCUACGACCUUCAAACCAUAUGACCCUGAAACCCUAGACGAUGCGCGCUUCAUCCCAAACGCCUUGGACUUUGCCUACCGAGCCUUCUUGGCUGACAAUGCCGUGACAUUAUCGGUACCUCCGGUAUUUUCGAAUGCGCAAGCCGUGGACAGUGCCUCAUACGCCGGCCGGGGCGCAAGCUUCACCGUGUAUCGACGUCGCAUCCCGCCCCAGAAGCCCCUAACGUCGGUUACAAACAUGGAUGGCCUCUUGAUCGAAAUUAGGGACAAACGCAAGCUGCCGGAGGUAGUAGCAUACAAAGUGGCCGUUAUCGAGUUUUCGGAUAAAGGUGAAGCCACUCAAACGUCCCGGCACGCCAUAGACGCUGCAAUCAUGGAACUCUAUCUCUCGACGCACCGCCCAAUCCUGCAACACCCCAAUCUCGUAGACUUUCUUGGAUUGGCAUGGGGAGCAAACCCGUUCAACUCGUCGCAGAAACUGCCGGUUCUUAUGGUGGAGUUUGCAGAACACGGGAGCCUCUCGCAGCUGCAACAGAGGGAGUAUCUCGGCAUAGAGACUCGCCGUAAGCUCUGCCUUGAUGUCUGCAAAGGCCUUCAUAUGCUUCAUUCAUGCGGCAUAGUCCACGGCGACAUCAAGGCACAGAAUGUCUUGAUAUUUCCAGAUGCAGAGCACAAGUACAUAGCCAAAGUGAAUGACUUCGGCUACUCCCAGGUGAUAAAUACUGAAAGGAGCAGCCUCUUGCUCGGAGGAACCCGGCCGUGGAAGGCCCCAGAGGCGAGAACAGCAGUCACAGUAUCAGACGCAAAGUAUACCGACAUAUACUCACUGUCCCUCUUUAUCUGGUGUACAUUUGCGCAUGGUCAAAACAUCUUCAAACUCCUGGUGGACCCCUCCAAACAAGGCGAAGAAUUCUUCGCGGAAGCGGAGAAACUGAAGGUUAGCCAAGAGCUAGCUGCCCAGACAGAUAUUUCUGCAUGGUACAUGAAAGCCAUUAUGGCCACUACUUAUGGCGACACAGGCCAGUUCCUCCAGCGCUUCCAGUCUCUCCAGCAGCAAUUGCAGCAGAACAACACACAGGCCAACCACCCAGCAGUCGGCAUUGACGACAUUGAAAAGAUUCUGUGUGCAAUUCCACCCGCGCUUUUUCAAGCGAUGGAGCCACUGAAGCAACAGCUGAUCGCAACUGUUGAAAGUUUGGGCUCAUACGAAGCGAUGAAAAGAGCUGUGACAAUAGGAUUAUCGAAUGAGCCACACCAAAGGGACCUAGAACAAAUCAUGGUCGCCCUGGGCCACAGUGGCGAUACAUGA